UCGCGCUGCCAAGAAAUGAACAUUAUUGUUCAUCGUCACUUUGCAUGAGAAAAAAUCGUCGAGUUCAAUUCGAAUUUUUGUAAUUGUAUUACCUUUAAUACGAAACAAUAAAGGCUAGACGCAUAAGAAUCAACAAGUUUGUGCCAUUUUUAAACAAAUUAAGUGUAGAAUUCGUACUGAGUGUUGUAAAAAUCACCAUAAAUUAACUUCCAAUGACGACGAUUCGCAAGAAAUUGGUAAUUGUCGGCGACGGUGCCUGCGGUAAAACUUGCCUUCUGAUUGUCUUUAGCAAAGAUCAAUUCCCCGAGGUCUAUGUGCCCACUGUGUUCGAGAACUAUGUGGCCGAUAUCGAAGUUGAUGGUAAACAGGUGGAGCUGGCCUUGUGGGAUACGGCCGGGCAGGAGGACUACGACAGACUACGACCGCUGAGCUAUCCCGACACAGAUGUUAUACUGAUGUGUUUCUCAGUGGAUUCCCCCGAUUCACUAGAAAAUAUUCCUGAAAAGUGGACCCCAGAGGUCAAACACUUUUGUCCAAAUGUUCCAAUCAUUUUGGUAGGAAAUAAGAAAGAUUUGCGAAAUGAUCCCAACACAAUUCGGGAUCUCGCAAAAAUGAAGCAAGAGCCUGUUAAGCCGCAGGAAGGACGCGCCAUGGCCGAGAAGAUAAAUGCCUUUGCCUAUUUGGAAUGCUCGGCCAAGUCCAAGGAGGGUGUCCGGGAGGUGUUUGAGACGGCAACCAGGGCUGCGUUGCAAGUCAAAAAGAGGAAGAAGACCAGAUGCCUUUUGCUCUAAAAGAGCAACUAACAAAUGAAAAUCUUUAACCAUAAAACAACAACAGCAACAACAACACACACACCACACUCUCACACACGGCAUACACACACACACCUUUUACAAGAAGAAAAAGAACGACAGCAACAAACAACAACAUCGGCUGAAAGAUAGAUCAUCAGGAAGGAGUACGCCAGCAACUAACACAGCAAAUCGUAGUGAACCGGGGACAGAAUGUCUCCCAUGCGGAUUUGAUUUUAUAUACAGUCUAGUGUAGUUAUAAACCGAAGUAAAACCACAGUAAUAACGAUGGCAUUAUUAUUUGUAUAUCCCUAGGGCAGCAGACCGAUUGGUCGAGUCGAGCGGCUGCAAUCCAGAAAUAUAUAUCGAUAUAUGUAUACAUAUUCAAGUUGCAUCAGUUUCUGUUCACCCCCUACACCCUACGCACCUGCUCUUUGAUGCUUUUUGUGACCUUGUUGCCUUGAGUGGUAGACCCGCCUGCCUGUGCGAGUGUGUGGCAAGUGGAAUCAGUUGGACAUGUCCAGUCAGACGCGAUGAAAUGAUCUAUUAUGUUCCCUUUUCACAAGUACUACUUUAUCAAGAGACACAGAUACCGCCAAUAAACGAUGAAAGCGAAACUACACUACAAGCAAACACACACACUCAGAAAACAUACAACUUUCAACACAAACGAUUAAUGUUUAUUAUUUGAUUAAAACGUAAGCCACAAAUGAGAUGCAUUCAGUUUUCGGGAGCGGGAUUCGUCCCAGGAAUAUGGAAUCAGAGCGAAAAGUUUUUAAUAUUUGUAUUUUGCAUUAA